UUUUUUUUUUUUUGGAUUAAAAUUAAUGUUAACUUCCUCUUAUCUGAGGUUAAGGGGAAAGAUCUCGCCGAGCUAUUUGCAUCCGGAAGGGAGAAGCUAGCAUCAGUCCCAUCCGGCGGUAAUGGUGCAGUUGCUUACUCUGCACCCACAGGUGGAGUCGCUGCUGCUGCAGAGUCAAAGAAGGAAGAAAAGGUUGGAGAGAAGGAAGAAUCAGAUGAUGAUAUGGGUUUCAAUCUUUUCGACUAAAAGCUUUGAUAUGGAGAUUUUGAGGUUUUUGCUAUUUGAAUGUUGUUUUUAUGUUCUAUUUUUAUUUAGAUAUUUAGAGAAGGAAGCAAAAUUUGAGACUGUAUUUUAUAUUUAUUUAGAUAUUUAGAGAAGGAAGAAAAAUUUGAGACACUUUUACUGUAUAAA